CUCCCUUCCAUCGUCUAUUUCCCUCUCCCACGUUCCGUCUCUAUCAUUUCACGGUUGUUCACGGUCGAAAAACAAAGAGGGACACUUCACUUCACUUUUUAAUUCAUCUUUCUAAAAAGAAAAGAAGAAAGUAAUUUUUAUCUAAAAAAAGGUCAAUAUUAUAUAAUUCAUUGUUUACCAGGAGCAAUAUUAUUUCAUUGCAGAAGAAGGAUUCGGUUUACGUGCAAUUUUCAGCUUUUAGAAAAAAGAACAAUUAUCUUAUGCUAUUCAGAGUUUGAAGAAAACCGCAAAGAGAGAAGAAAAAUAACAUGGAAGACUUAUGGACUACAUUUUGUGGGGAAUCUGGCAAUUCAGAAAUUACUGCAAAGCCAUACAGUUCUAAUUUUGUAUUUUUAAGUCGACCCACUUCAUGUGUCAACCAUGCCUUGAUCAUUUGCUUUGAUUUCUUGCUUUUGUUCAUGCUCUUGUUUACCUUCAUAAAAAAAUCAUCAUUAAAAACCGAUAUAAUACGGCAACGAUUUCGAAAGUUUUCAAUUUUACAAACAGUCUCUGCCAUCUUCAAUGGCUGUCUUGGUUUAGCGUACUUGUGCUUGGGCAUCCUUAUUUUAGAAGAGAAGUUGAGGAAAACCCAGACUGCCUUACCCUUAAACAGAUGGUUUCGAAAACCCAGACUGCUUACCCUUUAAACAGAUGUUUUAGUGCACGUUUUCAGGGGUUUUUUGACGUGUUGUUUGGUAAAAAAUCUUUCCAAGGAAGCCUUUGUUCAAAAGCUAUGUGUUCUGCGCUGUGUGUUUCUGUUUGCUGGAUUUGUUUUAUGUGCAUUAUCCCUGUUUGCUGCCAUUUUUAGCUUGGAGGUCCUUAUCACAAAGGCAAUGUAUUUUAGGUCUAGCGCUUAUUGGGUUUUGAAGGUUCAAGAUUUCGCUAAUCAGAUCAAUCCCUAUGUUAUUGGAGUGGUAUCGCAAGCCAAAGGUAGUAAAGCUUUUGCGCGGAACCUUGCCAUUUCUAUUAAGUCAGCCAUUUUUUCAUGGGAAGAUAGUUCAUCAAAGCCAACACUAAGAAAUGUAAAUUUGGAGAUUAGACCUGGCGAAAAGGUGGCUGUGUGUGGAGAAGUUGGCUCUGGCAAAUCAACACUUUUAGCAGCAAUUCUUGGAGAAGUUCCUAAUACACAGGGAAGUAUUCAAGUUAGAGGAAGGAUUGCCUAUGUCUCUCAAGUGGCUUGGAUCCAGACCGGGACAAUACAAGACAACAUUUUAUUUGGAUCAGCCAUGGAUAGCCAGCGGUACCAAGAUACACUUGAGAGAUGCUCAUUAGUAAAGGAUCUUGAGUUGCUUCCUUAUGGCGACCUUACUGAAAUAGGAGAAAGAGGAGUAAAUCUUAGUGGCGGACAAAAGCAGCGAAUUCAACUUGCUCGUGCUCUCUAUCAGGAUGCUGAUAUAUAUCUCUUGGAUGAUCCAUUUAGUGCUGUUGAUGCACAAACUGCUACGAGCUUAUUUAAUGUAAUCACCAUUUCCUAAAAGCACGCCAUUUCCUCACUUCUUAGUUUACUUGCCUUCUUUGAAAGCUAACUUAAAUAUUAAUAUUGGCAGGAAUAUGUUAUGUGGGCACUUUCAAGGAAGACUGUCCUGCUUGUGACGCAUCAAGUGGAUUUUCUGCCAGCAUUUGAUUCAGUUUUGUUGAUGUCAGAUGGAGAAAUCCUGCAAGCAGCUCCUUAUCAUCAGCUAUUGGCCUCAAGCCAAGAAUUUCAAGACCUUGUCAAUGCUCAUAAAGAGACAGCUGGUUCUCAGAGGCUUGCUGAGAUUAGUACUCCACAGAAAAAAGGAUCAUCUGAUGUGGAGAUCAAGAAGACAUAUGUAGAGAAGCAACUUGAAGUAUCUAAAGGAGACCAAUUGAUCAAACAAGAAGAGAAAGAAGUAGGGGACACAGGAUUUAAGCCUUACAUUCAGUAUCUGAAACAGAACAAAGGAUACUUGUACUUCUCCCUGACUAAAAAAAAUCACCUUAACAGUUAUUAUGGAAGAUAUCACAGAAAUUCUUGGAUGGCACUUGUUGACAAUCUUCACGUCAAGUCUCAUUAGUCUCGGCUUGAUUGCAUUCUACCUGAUCAUUGGAUUUCCCUAUCUAACACUUGGUUUUGCUAUGUUAGAUCUCUUUGGCAAAACUGUUUGUUUGUUCUGGCAACAGUUGUUUUGGGUCUUGAAUCAUCAAAGUCUAUUUUUUCACAACUAUUAAAUUCCCUAUUCCGCGCACCUAUGGCUUUUUAUGACUCCACACCACUUGGAAGAAUACUUAGUCGGGUAUCAUCUGAUCUAAGUAUUGUUGAUCUUGAUGUUCCAUUCAGUCUAAUCUUUGCUGUUGGGGCUACUACAAAUGCUUAUGCUAAUCUUGGAGUACUGGCUGUUGUCACCUGGCAAGUCCUGUUUGUCUCCAUACCAAUGGUUUAUCUGGCAAUUCGUUUACAGAGGUAUUACUUUGCUUCUGGAAAAGAGUUGAUGAGGAUCAAUGGUACAACCAAGUCUUUGGUAGCAAAUCAUUUGGCAGAGUCUGUGGCAGGUGCUAUGACAAUAAGGGCUUUUGGGGAGGAAGAUCGAUUCUUUGCAAAGAAUCUUGACCUCAUUGACACAAAUGCUAGUCCUUUCUUUCACAGUUUUGCAGCAAAUGAGUGGUUAAUUCAACGGUUGGAAAUGUUCAGUGCAACUGUUGUUGCCUCUGCAGCACUCUGCAUGGUUUUGCUUCCUCCUGGAACUUUUAGCUCUGGAUUUAUUGGAAUGGCACUUUCUUAUGGUCUUUCAUUAAACAUGUCCCUGGUUUUUUCAAUUCAAAACCAGUGCACCCUAGCAAAUUAUAUAAUUUCUGUUGAAAGGCUUAAUCAGUAUAUGGAUAUACCAAGUGAAGCCCCUGAGGUAAUAGAAGAUAACAGUCCUCCAGCAAAUUGGCCAGCAGUAGGUAGAGUGGAUAUCUGUGAUUUGCAGAUUAGAUACAGGCCUGAUGCACCACUAGUGCUUCGAGGAAUCAGUUGCACAUUUGAAGGGGGGCACAAGAUUGGUAUUGUUGGCCGUACUGGGAGUGGAAAGACUACUCUUAUUGGAGCUCUAUUUCGUUUAGUGGAGGCUGCAGGUGGAAAGAUUAUUGUAGAUGGCAUUGACAUCUCUAAAAUUGGGCUCCAUGAUCUGAGGUCGCGAUUUGGAAUAAUACCUCAAGAUCCUACUCUUUUUAACGGGACUGUCAGAUACAAUUUGGACCCCUUAUCUCAACACACAGAUCAGGAGAUAUGGGAGGUUCUUGGGAAGUGCCAGCUACGAGAGGCUGUCGAGGAGAAAGAGCAAGGGCUAGACUCCUUGGUGGUGGAAGAUGGAGCAAAUUGGAGCAUGGGACAGCGACAACUGUUUUGCUUGGGGCGUGCUCUUUUGAGGAGAAGUCGAAUAUUAGUGCUCGAUGAAGCAACUGCAUCAAUUGAUAAUGCAACUGAUAUGAUCCUGCAAAAAACUAUUCGAACUGAAUUUGCAGACUCAACUGUGAUCACAGUAGCUCAUAGGAUACCGACUGUGAUGGAUUGCACCAUGGUGCUCGCUAUAAGCGAUGGAAAAAUAGUAGAGUAUGAUGAGCCAAUGAAGUUAAUGAAGAGGGAAAGUUCACUGUUUGGACAGCUUGUAAAGGAAUACUGGUCUCAUUAUCAAUCUGCAGAAGCACAUUGAAGCUGUUAAUCUUAUCUAAUGUUAAUCUCAUGUCAGUCUGUCUAAGCAGCAAAGUGGGGAAAUAGGAACGUAUGAUAUUGUAGGAUUGGGGUGGAAAAGAUAAAAGGGAGAAAAGAAGUUCCCAUCCAAUGUGUGGCAGUAUUUGAACAUCAAGAUUAUUUCUAAAGGCAAUUGAUUAUAAUUGGCAAUAGCCAUCCCAAACUCGGUUUCUAGAA